GUGUUAAACCAAUCGAUGCGCACUGCGCACCUUGGACGUUUUCUUACAUCAGCCUUUCGGCUUCCUUCCUCUAACGCAUCAAUAUUACCGACUAAAUUCCUCAUUCCUCUAUCAAUUUCUCAUUAUCUGCCUUCCUUCCGCGCACAAACCCUAUCUCCAGUUUUCUCCAUGGCUUCCGAGAACUCCACGGCCGCUGCCGAUGACUCCAAGCACGGAUUCAGCAGGCCGGAGAUGUACAAGGAAAAUCUCGCCGGCACCGUCGACGCAUAUGACCGUCACGUGUUCGUCUGCUACAAGAACCACGAGGUUUGGCCUCCGCGCGUUGAGGCCUCUGACUCGGAUCCGCUUCCGAAGCUUCUGGCAACAACUGUUAAAUCCCGCAAGAGUGAUAUCACCAUAAAGACUAAAAUUACAAUAUGCGAGGCAGGAGAGGAGGCUGGCUUCCUGGACGGCGACGUGUUAAUUUUCCCGGAAAUGAUCAAAUACAGAGGUUUGACGGAGUCAAACAUUGAUAGCUUUGUUGAAGACGUUAUGGUGAAUGGUAAACCUUGGUCUGCUGGAGUACGGAAUGAGAUUGUUGGUUCUUAUGUGUUUGUUUGCGCUCAUGCGAGUCGUGAUGUUAGAUGUGGUGUUUGUGGACCAGUUCUCAUUGAGAAGUUUAAUGAAGAAAUUGAGCUUCGAGGUUUAAAGGAUCAGGUAUUUGUUUGGGCCUGCUCUCAUGUAGGUGGUCAUAAGUAUGCUGGCAAUGUAAUCAUAUACAGUCCAGGACCAGAUGGAAAAACUAUGGGUCACUGGUACGGUUAUGUUACUCCUAAUGAUGUGCCUGAAUUUCUGGAUCAGCAUAUUGCGAAAGGAGAAGUCAUACAACACCUUUGGAGGGGUCAAAUGGGACCAUCUGUUGAGGAAGUUAAGGGAACAGAUGACCUGAAAGUUCCUAAUGGAGAGCAUACUGACAAGGGCAAGAAGGAAAAUGUGGGUGGUUGUUGCCAGGGUGCUAAUGGGGUUUCCUGUUGCAUGACUGCCAGUUUUGAGAAAAACAAAGGGAUUCAAGGAACCACUGAAGCGCAUAAGAAGCAGGGUGACAAAUCAAGUUGGAACUGGCCCUUGUUUGAGGAGCAUAAUGUCCGUAUUGCUGUUGGUGUCUUUGGAAUUCUUGCAGCAGCUACAGUGGCCUACAAAAUUUAUAGAAAGUCAGGCUAAAAUACGCUCUAAAUCAUACGUGUUAGGCUUCUUGGGGGGUUUGUAACCCCCAUUCUUUUGUAGAGACUAGAGAUGUACGGUGAAUGAGGAAAUAAUCAUGAGAACCAUUUCUUUAUAUAAUCUUAUGCUGGUUGGUUGAAAGCAUUGUAGAAGUAUACCAACACUUUUAGUGUUGAAAGGAGCACAGCAUUUUUUUGUGGUGAUUAA